AACGUCUUCCAAUAAACAAAGGCGACAGAUAUCCAAAAUUAGAUGGGAGGAGACGGAAGGGUGGCCGCCAGAGGGCCAAAUUAAUGGUAUGAAUCAAAUCCCAGAUGGCUUUGGUUUCCAUAAUAGAACUUACUGGCUCGGAAUCGAAGAAUAGGAAGAUGACUCACUUUAUAUACAGUGAGCUAUGUCUGUACUAAACACACGAAUCACUGAAAGAAAAAAAGAAAAUCCUUUUCAAAUUGAAUGGGUAGAUGGCGUGCUAUUCCUGCUCUUCUCCUUAACCACUUACCCAGGAAAACCUCUAACUCUGUGUCUCCUAAUCUUCUCCCGUGUCUGCCAAAAACACUCAAUCUAUCAUAUCCUUUGAAUCCAGGUGUUGAUACCUUCAGUUUCAGGCUAUUUUCGGCAAUCCCAUCUCGGGUUUCGGUUUAUAGCAAUGAUUUUGAAUAUGGGUCCAAUGAUUCGGCUCCUAAUUACGGGCUGGAAUCUGAGGAAGACGAGGAGAUUGGGAAAAUUUCUGUUAAGGCAUACUUUCUAUGUACCAGAUUCAUGGUUUUGGCAGUAUUGAUUUGAAGAGCAUUCAAGCUGAGAAUUUAAGCAAUGUUGUUCCUGCCCCAUCUCGAUCAACAAAUUAUAUUGCCCUCAGAUUUUGCAGUUUUCCUGUGGAAAUUACAGCACUUGGGGUCAAAGAUCUUAUCAGCAGUCGAUACAUGGUGAUUUUCCAAUAUGGAUCUGCUGUUCUAUUCAAUAUCGAGGAUCAUGAAGUUGAAAGUUACCUAGAUAUAGUAAGAAGACAUGCUUCUGGUUUGCUUCCAGAGAUGAGGAAAGAUGAUUAUGCCAUAAAAGAGAAACCACUUCUGGUUGAGGAUAUGCAGGGAGGUCCAGACUACAUAGUUCUCAAAACUUUAGAUACUGAUAGCAUUCGCAUUAUUGGAAGUGUACUUGGACAAAGCAUUGCCCUGGACUAUUUUGUAUCACAGGUUGAUGGAAUGGUUGAAGAGUUUGCUGGAAUAAAUCGUGCAAUGGAAAAAACUGGCACUUUCACUAUGGAUAGGAAAAAGCUGCUUCAACUUGUUGGAAAGGCAAACUCAAAUCUAGCUGAUGUAAUACUCAAAGUUGGUCUUUUUGAGAGAUCUGAAAUUGCUUGGAAGGAUGCAAAAUAUGCUCAAAUAUAUGAGUACCUUAGAGAGGAGUACGAGGUUACUCAACGGUUUGGGAAUUUGGAUUUCAAAUUGAAGUUUGUAGAGCAUAACAUUCGAUUCCUCCAAGAGGUUAUCCAAAACAGAAGGUCAGAUCUUCUAGAAUGGUGCAUCAUUCUCCUGUUGAGUAUUGAGAAUGUCAUAUCAAUAUAUGAGAUAGUUCAGGGAUAGGGUGAAAUUGCACCUUGGUUUGGUAGGCAGAUGACAGAAGUUAGGACCAUCAAUUGACAGUCACCAAACGCAAAUUCUUUUUGUUGUUUGUGAUAGCGUUUAAAUUAAUAUUUAAGUAUAGCACAUGGAAUUUUUCUGAUUUCUACAAACGGAAGCUCAUAUUAACUUGUUGAAAUUGUGAGCAUUUAUAUUGGAUACUAAUUCAGAAUUACAUUCUGUUGAACCUUUCAACUUGUUUUGA